AUGGAAACGGAGACUCAUCAUGCUCCAGAUGGUGAAUUCCCGCAUUCACCAUGGGUGGAAAUAGGCGCGUUUACCUCGCCUCAACAUUCUCCGCCGAUGCCGGAAUAUAGUGGGUUUGAUUACGGCCCAGCGCCGCUCAUGGCUGUGGAUGGCUCUUACAACAUGUCAAUACCACCACCCUACGCUUCGAUGCCACUUCCUAUGCCCUCGCAUUCCUGGCCCAGCAUGCUCACACACCACUCGCCUUUUCAAGAAGGUGGUCUGCCGCACGUGUCCGCUCCGACUUCGGUAUCGCCUUCCGCUCCCAUGCCUCCAGUGCGAAAGACCUCAACUGGAGGUUCCACGCCGCGCAGGACACUUACCGAUGAGGAUCGCCGCCAAAUGUGCUUAUAUCACGAGGAGAACAAGACUGCCAAGCAGACUGAUAUUGGAGCAUUGUUCGGAGUUGAAAGAAGUACGGUUUCAAAGGUACUCCGCCAAAAGGAGAAAUAUCUCAACCCUGACGAUGGGAGUCGAUCUCCCAUCAAACGGACCAAGGGCAGAGUCCCUGAUAUCGAGAAAGCCCUAUCCAACUGGGCGAGAAACUACCAACGCCAAGGGUACCCGUUGAGCGAUGAGAUGAUUAAAGAGAAAGCUCUCUUCUUUGCCAGCACCUGUGGCUGCCCCGAGGGCAAGGACAAGGUGCUGACUGCAGCCUGGCUUGACAAGUUCAAGCACAGGAACAAUCUGCUUGGUGCAAAGGUGCGCAGAGGGUCUGCCGAUGUACGCAGUGGAUCAAACAGCCCAACCCGUAUCAACACAGACUUCUCCACAGGCUCUGGCCUUCAAAGCCCGACAGGGCCUUCACCCUCCUCCCCGAUCGAUGGCUUUGGAUCCCCGCUGUCUCCAACCCAGAGCCAAGAAGGAAUCAAACGGGACAUUGCUGAUGCACUGCCCGACCUGACAGGGGGUUACCAACACAACUACUCCAAGAGUACGACGUCGCUCGAUACAACCUCCUCGGCGGGGAUGAUCAGUCCAACAUCAACCCUAGUCUCCGACAGCCCCUUCACUCCAACAAGCCAGUCGCGCCUUCCAACCAACAGCCACAACAAUAACCGCCCACGCAGCCAGACCUUACCCCUCGUGCCUAUCGACCCAACCCUCCUCACAGCAGAUGAAACAACGGACCACCAAUACGCAAAACGUGAGCUCCAACAAUCACUCUCCGUCCAAACCCUACAGUCCCCCCUGGAAAUCGGCGACGAUGACUCCAAGCCCAUAAGCCUGGAUCAAACAAAUGGCAUCAAACGAAACCGCAGCAACCCAGAGAUUAAGACAAUCUCCAUGCCACCCCCGUCAAAGUCAACUACCAUCUCCCCUACCAGUUCCCCUGGCUCCCCAACUCAAGACGAAGCCCGCCGGGCCUUGGAACUAGUGAUGAGCUACUUCGAACAUCAGCCUGCUGGUCUUGCCGCGCAGGAGUAUCUCACCAUUGGUAAACUUAUGGAGCGGUUGGAGCUCGCGAAGAGCCAAUCUGGUACCCCGUUCAAUGGCUUGCCACGCAUUGAUGAGCACGAGGAUAUUGCUCCGCGCGUGACCAAGAAGAGGAGCAUCCAUAACAUGGGUUGA